AAGAAGAGGGAGCGAAGGAGAUCAGCUGGCGGAAGGGGCCAGGGAAGCGGCUGCAGGCUUGAUCCAGGGCAAGAUCUGGCAGUCUAAAGACUGGCCAACUUUUCCAUGCACUCUUAGGAAAGAGGAAAAAUAAACAGCAGGGCUUUUAUAUCUACAAGUGGAGUAUUGAUCGGGAAAAUGGUUGCCUCAUCUCUCAAUUCAGUGACAUUUGCAGUGCAAGAUUCGGGGCUGUGAUCUGGUGUUGCUGUUCACUGGAAGGAAAGGGGUGGAGCCAGGAGAAGUCCUCUUAAUCCCAACAUCCUGACCAGAGCCAUGCCAUAGAGCUCAAGGUCUCUCCAAGCAAAUAGUCCAGAAGUGGGAGUUGUCAAUACAGGUGUGAGCAGCUGGUGGGACCAUGCCACAGCACCGAGGCUACCUCCAGGUGCUGGCUGCGUUCUGCCUCACCUUCCUCUUCCUCACGUUCACCGCCUCUUACAAGCCCGUCAUUGUUGUCCAUGGCCUGUUUGACAGCCCUUCUGACUUCCAGCUCCUGCUUAAUUUCAUCAAUGAGACUCACCCAGGAACCAACGUUUCAGUUGUGGAUUUGUUUGACCGGACUGAAAGCCUGAAAUCUCUGUGGAUGCAAGUGGAGGGGUUCAGACAAGCAAUUUACCCCAUUAUGCAGAACGCUGUUGAUGGGGUCCAUCUUUUCUGCUAUUCACAAGGAGGACUUAUUUGUCGUGCUCUGCUCUCUACGAUGCCUGACCACAACGUGGACACCUUCAUCUCUCUCUCCUCCCCACAGAUGGGGCAAUACGGGGACACCAAGUACUUGAAAUGGCUCUUUCCACAGUACAUGAAAUCCAACCUCUACCGCCUUUGCUACACCCAGCUGGGUCAGGAUGUCUCCAUCUGUAACUACUGGAAUGACCCACACCAUCGAGAUCUUUAUCUCAACAACAGCAACUUCCUGGCCUUGUUGAAUGAUGAGAGGCUUCACCCCAAUGCAACUGCGUGGAAGAGAAACCUUUUGCGCAUCCACAAGCUGAUUCUGAUCGGCGGCCCAGACGACGGGGUCAUCAUGCCUUGGGAAUCCAGUAUGUUUGCCUUCUACGAUGACAACGAGACGGUGAGGGACAUGACGUCGCAGCCUGUCUACCUCCUGGACACUUUUGGCCUGAAGACUCUGGACGCUCGUAGUGACCUUGUUUUCUGCACAAUGCCCAAUGUUUCUCACACGAACUGGCACUCCAACCGCACCGUCUUUGACACCUGCAUUGCCAAAUGGCUGACGUAGCCGGCCAGGCCUGGGAAAAACCCAGCGGAGGAGGACGAGAGCGAGUCCAAAACUUGAUCUGCGUUGUCUGACCUCAACUUGGCGUUUCUCCUCCCCACAGCGAAAAAAAUCAUCUGCCUGUAACUUUUCUAGGAGUUUUUUCUUUCACAGCAGAAGAAACUUUUUCCCUGCAAGACUCUUUGGUGGAAGCUAAUAGCACGUUUGGGUGCUCUAAGAUGCUGCCUGGGGGGCCACAAACAAACUGGAUCCUUAAUCUUUUGUGGUGGCUAAGCGACAAGAGGGAAAAAAAAUGGAAACCGCAAGUGGAUUACAGUUAAAUGUAAUCAAGUAUAGCCAAAAUAUGUCGUAUUUUCUAGUACCAAGCCUAUGGCAGAAACAUAGUAACUGUGAAAACUGGAGAUACUACCCUUUCAAAUUCCCAUUCUGGUGUUUUGUGUUAUUUUAUCCCCAGUUUGGAAAUGUUUUAGUUGCAGAUCUUAUGUUUUUCAUAUUACCAUAAUGCUGCCCAGAACUGUGUUGAAGAGAGACUAGCCCAAAGUUUGUGAAAACAAAUUCAGAAAAAAAAAACCCUUAUCAUUUAUUCCCUCGAUUAAUUUUUAGAGUUUUCUGCUCCAAUUAUUGCUUUGACAUUUCACCAGAGGGGGGAGAAAAGUGAAUGGGUAGAUUUGAUCAAAAUUCCAGUUUUGUGCCACUAAAGAAAAUGUACACGGGAUGCCACAAAACCAAAUAGCUCCGUGCUCCAGUGGAAAGCAUAUUUUUCUGUUUCGUUACCUAACCAUGCAGGAAAUAGCUUCAACACCACUGCCUCCGGUUAUGCAUCAAAAUCAAUGUUAUAAAUUAUCAAUCGACUCCGGAGGGCAAGAUGCACCAGUGGAUAUUUCCUCCCUCCUUCGAAGCACAACCUCAGGAUGGCAACAGAAAGCCAAUUUAGACAAAGACGUUCAUAACUUUAUCUUGCUUCUGUUUUUAAAAAAGGUGUCUUUAAGAGUCUAGCAAUUUUUAAGAGAUCAGAACUCCUGAUAAGGUGUCCUUUCUCUCUCCCCAUGUCUGGAGUGGGAGCCUCAGAGCUUUGUGUGCAAACAGUAUUAAUCUCUCUUAUUUUUACCAAGUUACAGUAAGACAUUGACUUGAACUCAAGCUUAACUUUUAACACCAGAUCAGGUACAAAAGAGGCAAUGUGUUCAAUUUAAGCUGAGAUUCCAAGGGGAUGCUUAUCUAUCACUAGACAUGAGAUGUGUAAAGUAUCUUUCGCCCUCCAGGUGUUUCUGAACUACAACUCCCAGUCUUCUUGGUUAUGUUGGCUGGGCUGCUGGUGGUUUAGCAGCAUCUGGAAGGUUCUAGCUGCGUACUUAAUGCAGAAGGCUCUUACAUCUGGACCUGAAAGCCUUCUUACAGCUGAAGACACCUGCUUUGGGGGAGCACAGUCCAAGAUGUGAUACACGCACCUGCAGUCUAAAGUGAUACUACAGUAUCCUGUUACUUGAAAAGGCUGGCUUUUUUGUUUCUUCUCUGAAACCCCUUUUUACAUAUUUCCAACUGCCUUCUAUUCCCCCAUAAGGUCUAGAGCAAUGCUUCUCAACCUCGGCAGCUUUAAGAUGUGUGGACUUCAACUCCCAGAAUUCCAGAGGCAAUAUGCUGGGGAAUUCUGGGAGUGGGAGCCCACACAUCUUAAAGCUGCUGAGGUUGAGCGACACUGGACUAGAGAGUUGUCAUAUCUUUGAAUACAACAGAGGAGCUUACCGUUACACAUUUUUGCAUGGAAUCUCUCUAUUUCUCUCUCCAAGGUGCAUGGAAUGAAUAGCCCAUCUGUAGAUGCAACGGGCAACAUCAGGAGGCAUAUAUUUUUAUGUUGGUGGGCUUUUCCUGCAGAGAAGUUGAAAGCAGCUGGAAUUUAGAACUGUCUCUGUUACAGGAUGCAGGGUUUUUUUUUCUUCCAGCUAGCAUGAGUCUGGUGGAAGUCCUGAAGUGCUUAGACCUGGCGUAAAACAAAAUCCGGCUUGAAGUUGAAGCGCUUAGGUAUAUUCUUCCUUGCAUGCAUUUUUAUUUACAGUGAGAUGCUGGGCAAAAUGCGGAGGGAACUGUGAUUGGAGCAACUGUCAGCUAAUCUGAGAUGAUUGGAGAUACGCACACCUUCACACACUCAGCCCAGUAGCAGGAAGGGCUGGGAAAAGGUUGCAGUUGAGAACAUGGAUUGUGCAGGCAGGAGAGCCCCAUGGUUGUCUCUGGGCAGAAAGAUGAGAUUCGGUGGGCCAGAACAGGAGCAGUAAAAACCAGUUUGAUUGAAGAGCACCGAGCUUGCUUCAAUCCUGUUGCACGGUUGAGCCUUGUGCAUAACAACCACUCUCUUCUUUUUCCGAUCCCUGCAUUCACACACCAUCGUGUGUGCUGUUACGUGAUUGGCUUGUUUCUGGCUUGACAUGCAAACUCAGCUGUUAUGGCUUGUGAAUUCUGAUUUGUGGCUUCACUGUGAUGGGGGAGCUGAGCCAGUAGAGUUUACGGCUCAGGGUAUCCCUGAAUUCUCUAUUCUGCUUGCUCGGGAGGAAGGGACACAACUGGGUUGCCUUUUCCAGAGAAGAUCUUCUCAUAAUGUGUCUGAAGAAGGGUAAUUUGACCCUGAUCCUUUGUGCCUCAAAUGAGAAACUGAGUACGUUGGGGUACUUUCAUCCCUUGUGAAUUCCUCGCUCUGUUAUCAUAAGAUACACGGUAGGUCUUCUGCAGAUGCAAACAUAGAGCUGGAGCAGAGUUCCCCAUCCUGGGGCUCCCCAGAUGUGCAGGACAAGAGCUUUUCAGCCCCAGCACAUCUGGAAGUCAUGAGGUACGAAAAGGCCUCCUGGAGAUGUAACAGGAACCCUUUUAAUAUGGGUUUGUUUGAAAGUCUGCUUCCAUUUGCAAUUUAUUUUAGAAAUACAGUUUGAUCUGAGGGCCCAAGGAUUGGAGAAGCUGCCUGAGAUUUGUAUCUGGAUUCAACAGAGAACCGUUCAUCUUGGAAGGAUCAUUAAUUUCUUAGCCUCAAAACUAUUGUCUGCAUUUUAGAUGCACAGCAUCUUCAGGGGAAGACUUUACUAGGCUCUAAUAAGUGACUUCAGGCAAUUUAAUAUUAGAAGAGAAUAUCUGUAGCUCAGGGAUGACCUGGGGAGUCCUUGGUGCUCUCUGAGCCUGCUUGUUGGCUUGCAGACGUUUCAUUACCUGACUAGGUGACAUCGUCAGUGUGAGGGAGUGUGGGACUUGCUCCCUGUUGAUAUACAGUAACUUGCCCUGCCAGUGUUGUUGGGGGUGUAGUUUCUUCUUGGCAGUGCCUUGAUUAGGGCAUUGUUUUCUGCCUGAAACAGAAGCAGAAGGCAUAAAACAUGAACAUGGGGCAAACCCCACAUUCCCUCGCACUGACAAUGUCACCUAGUUGGGUAAUGAAAUGUCUGCAAGCCAACAGCCAAGCUCAGUGGGAACCAAGGACUCCACAGUUUAAUAUUUCUUGCAUUAGGGCUUUGAUCUGUGCUUUAGUGUCUGUUAAUGGGGGAUGUAGAUGAAGAUUCUUUUGCUUGCAUGAAAACUUGUUUUAUACUGUGGCUAUGGAAAAUUGAAGGAGUGUUUGCUGGCUGGAUCUGAUCUGGAUUUGGGGGCAUAGCAGUGUUUCACAAAUAGGGGUGGAACAAAAGCAUAACACUGUUACACUCAAAAAGAGUUGCUCUUGAAAUAUUUUGGUGGGGAGAAAUAUCUCUGCUGCUGCUGUGUUGGAUAAGCAAUAGUUUUGGGAAUAUACCUAGGAAUAUAUCUUGCAAAGGCACAAACGGCCAUCUCUGCUGGGCACGUAGUUACUGGGAGAAUUAUUCCAUCCUCUCUAACCCAGAGACAGGAUUUAAUUCCUUCCUCCUCUGGCUGGGGAUGUUGGGUGUUACAGUCCGGCACACCAGGUCAGGUUGGAGAACACUAUUUCAGUUCCUUUUGUUUUCUCUUUUUGUGCUGAGGUUACAGUUUUUCCUUGGCACAACUCAGGAGUGUUUUGAUUCGUUUUCUAGCGAGGGGUGCUUCAUGCAGUUGAGGGCACUGCCGUUCCCAUCAUUCCCAGACAAGGGUAGACUUUGACGGGCACCAAAUUGGGGAAGGCUGCUCUGGGUCUAGGUUGUAGAGAAUGCUCUGCUUUUUGAAUGGGAGGAAAAUUAAAUCAGUUCUGCACUAAGAUGAACAGUAUUCUGUAGCCUACGAAGAUUCGGCUUUGAGGAAGUUGGGGCUGACAGCCAGCCUUCUCUUCUUUGAAAGAAAAGGCCAAGUUUUCUGAGAGUGAGGGAAUGAGGCAAAAGAUUUGGUUUAGAUCUCUCUCACUGAGAGAACUGGAAUCUCCAAAUCGGCCUUUCUCAACCUUUUGACCCUGGAGGAGCCCUUGAAAUAUUUUUCAGGCCUCGGGGAACCCCUGCACAUUCAGGCUCAAAUAUAGGCCGGAAGUUGCAAAAUUAUUCUAUUUCUUUCCUGUGUAGGCCUGUCUAUAUGCAUUAAUAGUGUUCUUAAACUAAAAAUAAAGAAUGAAACUUGCCUCUUU